GACAGCCAAUCAACUAGCGGUUUUCAAAAUUUCGCAAAGUUUGGGAACUCCAGGAUUACAUCUGCCGACACAGAUUCCUCUCUGCCGGCCGCUCGUCUUCCUCCUCAGAGGCGACCCGUUCAAUUCCAUGACGAUAGCUGGCGUCCGUUCGCUAGCGCGCAACAUGCCUGUCAGAGUUGAGAGUCGCAGCCCGAGCGAUCCGGCCUGCAAAUCCCCGGCCUCUCUUACUCCCCCUGCCCCGAUACACGCUCAGCAGCCCGGGGUGGCGACGUCGCUACUGUACAGUGGGGCUCAGUUCUUCGGUUCGCAGAAGAGCAAGGGGAACUCCUAUGACGUUGAAGUUGUUCUGCAGCAUGUAAGUAUAGAGGACUCGUAUCUUUGUGGAUAUUUGAAAAUCAAAGGUUUGACGGAGGAGUACCCGACCCUCACCACGUUCUUCGCAGGAGAAAUCAUUAGCCAGAAGAGACCGUUUUUAACAAGAAAGUGGGACGCAGAUGAAGAUGUGGACCGGAAACACUGGGGCAAGUUCCAGUCAUUUUACAAAUACGCCAAAAGCUUUAACUCAGAUGACUUUGACUAUGAGGCGCUGAGCAACAGUGAUUAUAUCUUCAUGAGGUGGAAGGAGCAGUUUUUAGUUCCGGACCACACUAUCAAAGACAUAAGCGGAGCCUCGUUCGCUGGAUUUUACUACAUCUGUUUCCAAAAAUCCACGGCCACUAUUGAGGGCUAUUAUUAUCACAGAAGCUCUGAGUGGUACCAGUCUCUGAACCUCAGCCACGUCCAGGAGCACAGCAUGCCCAUUUACGAAUUCCGCUGACAAACAGGGACACAACUUCAUCCUAAAGCAGCCCAUUGUUAAAUGGGACGGGAAACACAAAGAACUAAACAGUCUAAGAUGGGCGUGCACCUCAAGUCCCAUUGAUCCAAAGACGGUUCGUAGAGAGGCAAACUUCCAGGGAGUCCAGCGUGUGAGCUAUGAAGCUGGUCCGAAUUUAUUUAAUUCACAUAUUCUGUUGCGGCACUGCUGCAGUUCAUGGAAAUAUUUUUUUUUUCUUUUCCCAGCAAGGAGAAACCAGAAGGGUUUCUGAAUAUGCCAAAAUAUUUUAAAAUGAAUGUUCAUCAAAUCAUAUAUUUUUGCUAAAUGAUUUUUCUCUGAGAGCUUCUUGCUGUUUAAAAUGGCGUUCUACUUCAUGAACCAAACAAUGAAAUAUUCUUUUGCAAGUCAUAAUAAUGUUCUAAUGAUUAGAAUAUUUGAAAUAUUCAGCUAAUUUGGUGUUUAUUAAUCCCUACAGCCUUUGUUAUUGUCUUGUCGGUCAAUAUCUGAGCAUAUGAUGGAAGACUGGAGCCGCUUUUGCCUUAAAAUUAUAAUUAUUUUUAGAGGAUUGUUUUAUUUAAAGGACUCAUGCGAAAACAUUCUAUUGUCAUCCCAAUGAAAUACAAAACUGAGGAGACUGAAAUACAUUAUAUUUGUGUGUGUGUGUGGGGAGGGAGUGUGUAAUAUAAAUGGAGUAUGAUUUUGGACAAAUGUGCAAUGUCAAUAAACU